AUGAGCACCAUUCAGAAUCUCAAGAACUUCAUACGUCAUGGCAAGCAAGCCCGCGCUGCCGAACCUCCCCGCGACCAGCCCACCACCAACGUCUCGCCAGUCCACGCUCAACAACAGAAAUACCACCACGCAAUUAGCGAUCCACUGGGUCACAACCAACGGCAACUGCAGCAGGACGUACAACCUCAACCUGGACAGUAUUCCGUGGCCGCUGGUGACAACCGCAAUGUCGCGGCUCAGGCUGGCGGGGCGGCAGCCCAUGUUGCAGGCAAGAACCAGAAGAUCAACCAGGCCGAUAUCCAAGCUAUUGUCGCUGAGGAGAGAGAGAGGGCCAGCAAGAUGCCGAGAUAUCCGGGACUUGAACGGUUCAUACUGGUAGAAAAGAUGGGCGACGGCGCCUUCAGCAACGUCUACAAAGCUAGGGACACCCAAACUGGAGAUGAGGUCGCCAUCAAGGUCGUCCGCAAGUUCGAAAUGAACUCGAAUCAGCGGGCCAAUAUUCUGAAAGAAGUCCAGAUCAUGCGUCAGCUGGAUCAUCCCAACAUCGUCAAGCUCAUUGACUUUUCCGAGUCACGACAAUACUACUACAUCGUUCUCGAACUUUGUCCUGGUGGUGAACUUUUCCACCAAAUCGUCCGCCUGACAUACUUCAGCGAAGACCUUAGCCGUCACGUCAUUACCCAGGUGGCAAAGGCACUUCAUUACCUACACGAAGAGACGGGCGUCGUUCACCGGGACAUAAAACCCGAAAACCUUCUGUUCUACCCCAUACCCUUCGUACCGACACGCAAUCCCAAACCGAAAGGCCCAGAUGACGAAGACAAAGCCGACGAGGGAGAAUUUAUCCCAGGCGUCGGUGCUGGCGGUAUUGGUCAGAUCAAGAUUGCCGAUUUCGGUUUGUCCAAGGUUAUCUGGGAUUCCCAAACCAUGACGCCAUGCGGCACGGUGGGUUACACGGCCCCGGAGAUUGUCAAGGAUGAGCGAUACAGCAAGUCAGUCGACAUGUGGGCUCUUGGUUGUGUCCUCUACACUCUCCUGUGUGGAUUUCCACCUUUCUACGACGAAUCGAUUCAGGUCUUGACUGAGAAGGUUGCCCGUGGUCAAUACACUUUCCUCUCCCCCUGGUGGGACGAUAUCUCAAAGUCGGCGCAAGACCUGGUCUCCCACCUCCUAACUGUCAACCCUGACAGACGCUACACCAUUGAAGAAUUCCUGAAUCAUCCAUGGAUUCGGAACACCACUGAACCUACAUACGCCGCUGCAGACGCCCCGCCCUUGGCCACACCCUUGUACAUGCGUCAAAAAGACCAAGCUCAAGCAGCGAAUCUCCCCGCAGAAUUUCCUGGUACCCUCACUCCAGGAGGCAGGCGAGCAGAUUUCAGGUCUCCGGGUGCAGUUAACCUACGUGAAGUAUUUGACGUCGGCUAUGCCGUGCACAGACAGGAAGAGGAAGCCAAGAGAAGAAAGAAUUUCAAGCAAGGUUACCGAGGAGCCGGUAUACCAGGCGGUCUGAAUCCACUGAAUGAAGACGAGGACGAUGAAGAGGACGAAGAAGAGGUCUCGAGUAAAGUGCCAAAAAGUCAGCAGCCCGCCGAUGUUUCGAGUAUGGAGGCCAAGAUGCGUACAACCAAUCUUGGACCACAACCAUCCGCGGCAGCACAGGCGAGAGCGUCGGCUGCUCCGGCUAGAAGCCAACACCAUGCAAGUCAGCAAGAGCAGCGAGGCUACGGACAACAUAGCGCGGCCGUCGCAGCUGCGGCCAAACAGAGCGUCGGAAGGAGGAACAAGCAACCGUUCGAGCUCAGUUUGGACAACUCGACACUAUUGGGCAGAAGAAACAAGAUAGGGAAUGCGAACCCGAACGAGCCAUCCAAGUUGAGAGAGGAGAUCAGUGCUCGGUAA